AUGAAUUAUCCUCGAUCCUAUCGCGGUUCCAGUGAGCACAAGCUCUCUCCCGUACAAUUUGUACCCCUCUCCGAUUCGCGUAAUGUAACCCAAGAGCAGCUCAAUCUCUUCCAACGGAUUAUUGGUGCCUGUACGAGUCCCUCGAAGGAGUGCCGAGAGAGGGGUCACCAGUUACUUUCCCAGGAUCCACGCAUCCAGGAAGUGAUGCCCCUCCUAACGCCCUUCAUUUACAAAUCCAUGUGCAUCAAUAUUGCCGAGGAGAAGCUAAAGUUUCUCAUCUUCAUCAUGCGCAUGAUUAGCGCCUUGCUGAGCCAUCCAACUUUGAAUCUGGACAGAUAUAUACAUCUUUUGAUACCUGGUCCUGUGGCCUGCCUUCUGGCUGAUCAAAUUUCACGAAAUCCCGGAGCCGAUGAUCAUUGGGCCGUUCGGAUGUUUGCCAAUAUCAUUGUUUCAAAUAUUGUGGAACGCUAUAAAUGCACCGAGUCCACGGUUAUUGAGAGCUAUACGAAGGCCUUGGAGGAUGAGGAUAAACCAUUGGCCACUCUGUUUGGUGCUGUCAUCGGUUUGGGCAAGAUGGGCAGCCAUGCCAUACGGCAGUGGCUGUUCCCCAAGGUGGAGUACAUAGCAGGACGCAUUGAGCCUUACCUCAAACCGGACAUGGAGAUGUCGAGCGUUGGCCUAAACACUGUGGCGGCCAUGAACAUAUGCGAUGAGCUGGUACACAUUUGUGGGCCAGUUUUGGCAGAGUACAAGCCAACUGAGGAUGAAAUACUCAUAGGUGCCUUUGCCUUUCUGGGAUUAACGGAGGAGCAGCACUCUGAAUGA